GACACUCCCAUUUUUAACUGUGCGAGUAAAGGAGCGUGCUGCUAACGGAAAGGUAAUCUGAGUUUAUUGAUAGCAAUCUGCAGUCCGUCUAAUCGAACAGCAGCAGGAUGGACAGCGCAGCUGUGCAUCCCCCUCCAACCGCCCCCCCGGCCAACAUGUUCGGCAACGUACCAGGCUAUGAGGGCACUGUUGCAGGAGGAGGAGGUGGUUAUCUCCCUCCUCCCAUGCCUCUGGAGCCUGUAGCCCCUCCACAACCCGGCCCCGUGCCUGACGACUGGAGCAUCCCAUCUCUAUCUGAGAAUGUGGCUCGUGAGGCGUUCAAGAGCUUUGCGUCCUCUCACUGCUGCUACAGUUCAUCUCCGGCCGAAGAUGGAGUCAUCACCAGCAUGGAGCCGUUCAACACCUUCAGGUAUCGGCUGGAGACAUUCACUGAGUCCAGGUUGACUGAGUGGGCCCACAAACCUUACGAAGGUGAGCCGGCUGACUUCUACACCCAGACCGCCCCCCGUCCCUGGGAGAUCCAGGCCACGCCCCCUGACCUCUUCACCAAUCACAAACAGGAGAUUCGGGUGCCCUUCACCUCCUCCAUCAAGGACUGCCACACCUGCCAUGGCCAAGGGACGCUCCCAUGUGAUGAGUGCCAUGGAAGUGGACAUAAACCGUGCUGGGUGUGUCAUGGCUCUGGAACAAAUAAUGGUGCCAGCUGCACUCGCUGUAAUGGCACCGGCAACGACAGGUGUACAACAUGUGAUGCUCGGGGUACACAGAAGUGCAAAACCUGUGAUGGAAAACGACAACUGCUAACAUUCAUCCAGCUCAAAGUGGAGUGGACUAAUAAUGUGGAAGACCACACAGUGGAGCAGAACUCUGGUCUGAAGGUGGAUGAUCUUCGCUCAGUGAGUGGGAAGGAGCUGUUCAAGAACAACCAGUACCUGCUCUACCCACUGCUCGGGUUCCCAAACCCAGCCAUUGCUCAGGCCUCCGAGCGUCUGAUCAAAGAGCAUCAAAGCAAGUACUCCCAGAACUCCAGGAUCCUGCAGCAGCGGCAGAGAGUUGAGUUGAUCCCCAUCACUAAGGUGAACUAUAAGUGGAAAGACAGCUCUCACCUCUACUAUGUCUAUGGCAACGAGAACCAAGUCAGCGCCGACAACUACCCAGCAACCUGCUGCUGUGUCAUCCUGUAGACACACACACACUCAAACACACACACACACAGCUGAACCCGAAAACUGUCCAAAACCAUUAACUCUCAUCUCUCUUCUUUGCUGGUGUUUCCCGAACUUUCUGCUCAGCCUCUACCUCCUGUUAGGACGAAAAUUUUGAAUCUCUGACAUCGAGACCUGAAUUGUUGAUAUCCAAAAUUAAGAUUUUAUCGAUGAUACAAACAAAAAAAUUUUUGAUGGUUAAAUCAGCCUCCUCAGGGUCCAUUAUCGUCUCUGUGUGAACCAUAAUGUCUUACCAAAGGUAUUUUUCUCUUAGCAAGCACCUUUGCUGAACAGUGUAAUGAAAACAUGUGCCAGUAUGUGCCAUUUAAUGUCCUCAGUAAUGAAUGGGAACCUAGUUUACAUCUAAAAACUUUGCUGUUUCAAGAACAAAUUGAUGAAAUGUGAAGAACGAUAACGGUGGUAAAUAUUAAAUAAAACAUGAGAAGCAGAAAAGGAAAAAAAAUGAUAUAAGGUAACAACAGAUUCCAGAUACCCUGGUUUCUAAAUAUGCCUUUCUUCUGUGGUUUAAUGUUUAUUGAAGGUAGAAACCACUACUUUUUGUUUUUGUAAGGCCUGGUCAUGUCAGAGGGUGAAAUUGAUGAAAUCCUCUCUGUGUAAAUAUUUGAUCCUACAAGCAUGGUGACAUAUCGAUAGCUCACAGAGAUAGUUGGUGAACUUCUGUAGACAGUGGUUAACUCACCAUUUGUUGUGAUCAUACAAGGAUGUUUGAAAAACCAAGAGGGUCGAUAUUUAAAACAUUUACAGCUGUUCUGACUGUAUUUUCAGAAUCCUCAGAGACUCUUUUAACCAUCUGGAUGAAAAAAAUAUUUGCUCUAUAUUUAAAGAUAAACUGUCUCACAAGUUGUGACUCUCUUUCCCAUCCAGGCAGCUGGUGGGCUGCUGUCUUUGUCAGUCUGUCUAUCUCAUGAACAUGAUGUCUCAGUAACACUGUGAAGGAAUUUCUUGAAGUUUUCUACAAACUGACACUCUAGGAUGAAGUGAUCAGAUUUGGGUGGUCAAAGGUCAAAGGUUAAGGUCACUGUGAUCUUAUGAAACAUGCUUGUGGCCAUAACUAAAGAAUUCACGACUGGUUUGUGGAGGAAUACAACCACAAGGCUGAAAUUCUAGUUUAGAUUUGGAGGCAGAGAUGCAACCUGGGAAAGGAGUCAAAAAUCUUUUUAUUGUGCCACAUGCUGAACAUAUUUUUAUCCAGAUGGCUAGAAGAGAACGACGGUAACAGUGAUUGCUAUUGGUCAACAGCGAGUUCACCAAAGUUGAAUUUAACAUGACAGAUUUACUUGAAUCCACUGGUCAUGGUGAUUCCAUUAAAAUGAAAUAAUUCUGCCAUGAAACCGGGCCUUUAGUGUUUUGGGGUGUUUUUUUAAAUGCCUUGCCUUUCACCCAGACAGGCUGAAUUACAUUAUCACCAUUAUAUCCUCAAUUCUGAAAUCAGUAUAGAAAUAUAUCUACAGACUGUAAGUAAACAAUAAUCUACCUGAUGUUUAUCACAUUCAGCUGUCAGAACAAUAUUUCAAAAUGUUGAAUAGCAGUGUUUUUCGUCAUGAUAUCACCAUAUUAACCUUAAAUAUCGACAUUAGUUAUUGCUAAUCUCUUUGUGCUUCCUGUUCUGACGCAUGAAGUCUAUUACAGCCUUUCUGUGUGUUCCUCUUUAACUGUUAACUGACGGCCUGCUUAGCUGCAGUGCUGAAACACUCUCUGGAUAGAAGGAAGACAGAGAGGAAGCAAGAGGAAAUAAUGGUUUUUGUGGUCUGGGGAGAGCUGGCGCCAGAAUCAGACUGCAGAGUAGGAAACUGUUGACUUUACUGUCACGACACAGUGAAACAAACCUAGAACAACAAACACAAGCUUCUGUCCAGUGUCUGAAUUGUUGUUGGUGGUGUUUUUUUAAACUGUUGCUUAACACAGAGAAUGUCAUCGUCAGUCAGCCAAUGGCAUUUUUUUUUAAGUUCUUGCUUCGUCAGAAGUCUUUUGAAGCUUUUCAAUGCCUAAAGUUUUGGAGAUGCUUGAUUUCCCUAUGACAACAGCUCAAAGAUUAGAACUCAGUAGAUUGUAAAAGUAGAUUAUAGUCUUAUUAAUCCAGUCAGAAUCACAGAAAAGAAAUCUGGAGCAUGAAACACAAGUGAGGGCCAUUUAGUAGUUAAAGAGCCAACUCCAUUUUUAUUUCUGUCUGUGGUGUUGAUCAUCUGUGUGGCUGAGAGUCUGGAAGCAACUGGACAAAAGUUCAGCUCUGCUGCUGCUCAGUUUGUCUCCAGUUUCAGACUCACGCUUUUACCUGACAACAGUUCACAUCACAACAAAAACAUGCAACCUGUCCCUUUAAACUGCCCUCCUGCAGUACAGCAGAGCUGCAUUAGAGGGUGCUCUGUGUCUGACUCAGGUGCUGCCCCCUGCUGGCUGCCACCAGUACAACCAGGUUAUCCGUGCCAAGUAUUAGUACCAGUAUAUCAUUUUUUAUUAAUAAUAUUUUAGUUUAAUUACUAAAUAUGUUGUAUUCCUUCCAUUCCCACAUUUUAUAAAACAGAAGAUCCAAAAUUCACAUUCUGCCUUUCGUAAAGUCCAUGUUGUUUGUCAUUUAUGCUCUGGGGCUGAGUAUUUUAGCUGGAAUGUGCUGAGCCUUUAUUGAGUGAAAUGUACCUUUAUCUGCAAUCUUACCUUUAAACAAUACUGUGACUAACAAAUAUCUCCACUGCUAACCUUAUGAUCUCCAUGUAUGUUAUUACUCUGUUCAUACUCAGUAAUUUUCUCUUGUAGAAGAUUAUCGAUUGUAUGUUACUGUUAUACUGAAAUAAACUGAGACUCAGCUGCUUCUGUCA